CGUGUAAUAAUUUAUCAUACAUCUGGUCACUCAUCAGCCAUUGCUCAAUUGGAAUUUGUCUAUUUAUAUGAACAUGUCUGAAACUGUAGUGGCAAACGAUGCAUGCUGGGACUUUGCCAUACUUUUGGGUUUAGUCAACUGAGGGAGAUUGGUUGUUUGUUGGAGGAAUGUGGAGCGCGUUUGGGAACGGCUCUGGUCUGCACGGUGGGGGCGGUGCAGGCGGGGGUUACGUUCCGUCUCAGGGCUGGGAGUUUGUGCCCUGCUCCAGGAUGGAGCGGGCAGAGAGAGGCAGGGGCAAGAGCCGCAGUCCGCUGAGGAGGAUCUCCUCUCCGCCCACCGUCUUCAGUCAGAUCCUCGAGUCUCAGUCCGGUGCUUCAUCAGGAGGAGGAGGGACGCCACUUGAGGUCCUCAGAGGUCAGAUCUGGCCGGGUCCCGAACCUCAGCUGCAGCCAACCCAACACACACGGCUGAAGAAGAAAUUUGAGGACUUAAAAAGGCGACACGGACAGGACAAAGAGGACUGGAUGCGCGAGAAAGAGUUACUCCUGAGACAAGUGGCUGACAUACAAGGAGGGGAAAACAGACGGAUUCUGCUGGACCUGAAGUCGGUUUUGGAGGAGGUGCAGGUGGAGGUGAAGAGAGAGGAGGAGAAGAGGAGCGAGCUGCAGCUGCAGUACACCAGGGACAAAUGUGCCUGGGAGCUGGAGAAGGCCGAGCUCAAAUGCAGGAUUGCACAGUUGGAGGCUAGAGAAGGUGCUGGGCUGUUGAGUGAAGGGGUCCAGACAGCAGCAGGUCCUGGCUCUGCGGGGUCACGGGGCACCUCAGAGUGUCACGGCAACACCUCAACUUUCCGCCGGGAGAGGGAAGAGCAGCGGAGGCUCCUGGCAGACACACACUCCACGGCCAUGGACCUGCGCUGUCGCCUGGAGCACAACGAGAGGGACUGGCUCAGGGAGAAAGCCGAGCUGCUGGAGAGGUUCGACACAGAGAGGAGGGAAUGGGAGAACCAGCUGAGAGACAUGCAGAGGAAGAUAGAGGAGCUGUACUGUGAGGUGAGGGCCAAACGAGAGGGGACUGAACUGGAGACUGGAGUGGACAACGGGGCCCAGGAUGAUGACGUUGCACUCAGGCUCAGCAUACGGUCCACCAGCACAGGCUCCAGUCUGCACAGUGACCAAUCGCACUCUGAGCCCAUCAGCAGCAGCAGCCAAUCAGAACCCAGUAGACACCCACCAUUUCCUGGUUUCUAUCGCCACGGUAACAUCAGUGAUGCUGGUUGUAGUGGCAGAAGUGGAGAUAGUCACCACUCUUCUGGUUUCCAAGGAAACAGCCUCUUUGAACCUAAUAUCGAUGGCCAGUUUACCCAGAAUGACUGUACAAAACCUGAGCUGGUGGAUGAACUGAGAUUCAGGAGCCCGAGGCAGCGAGACUCAGUCACUGACAGCAAGGACACUGUGGAUACAGCAGAGCUGGAGGCUCUUUUCCACGGAGCUCCUGCAUGUGGAGUGCCACAGAGGAACAGUGGCACCUCUAAAGGGAAUGUGAAAAACGUCCAUGGUGGUUCUCAGGAAAGUCAUCUAAGUUCAGAGCUGAAUUAUGGCAGUGAUAAGAAGAAGAACACGACUGCACUCAAUGCUGCUCUGAAGGAGAUUGCCCGUGUGAGCGAGGAGCUUUGUAGUUACCAGGAUGAGAUCAGGAGAAAAACUGGCGAUAAGAGGAAUCGAUGUGAGUCUCUAUAUCUUCCUGAGGAGAGGGAGAUGCUGAGGAGUCACGUGAAACCCAGACCGGAGCUGGAUGACUCACCCUGUGAUCUCAACCAGAUCUAUGAUGACCUCCGGGCUUUGGAGAAGGAAAACUGGAUCAGCUUGUCACCAGAUAACACAUGGAGAACCAACAGCACUGGGAUAGACAGCCACAGAGACAGUCAGUCUAAUUUCAAAAGACUUUCUGAUUUAGACACAGACGCCCCACCUGUUCCUCCUCGUAUCUCCUCCUGGAGUCUGAGCAGCCCCACUCCUCCGGAGUUAGAACUCCACAUCCCAGAAUCCUCCUUGAUCUCAGGUGGCAAGUGCCACAGCCCCUGUGCUCUAAUGGACAGGAAGUGUAGCAGUCCGUCCAUUGUGAGGAAGUUUGAGGCUAUGCUACAAAAGAAUGAAGGUAAAAUUCUGACCGAUGGUGUGAUAGCAUCUUGCUCUGUACCUGCUAACUCUAACUGUAAUGUCGGCUGCUGCCACAGCCGCUGGUCCUGUGAUGUGAGCAAGUUCAGUAGCAACAAGUUGGCUCCGUAUCUGCCUGUCCAGAAAAGUUUCUCUGAAGUCAACAUACUGACUGCUGGGAAAGAGUUGAGCCCAAACUACAGGCCUGGUGUUGGAAACCUAAAAAGCCCAGAGGGACAUGAAAUGCCUCCUGUUGUCAGAGAAUUACCUGUAGAUCUGCUCUUGCCAUCUCUGGAAAUACCAUCUGCCUGUCCCAGCCUCCAGGGCUCCAGAAGGAACAUAGUGCUGGAGAAGAAAACAGCCGAGUUCAACCGAACUCUGUUUCAGGCUGAGAUGGGUCGGGGGGUAGAGGAACAGGACAAUUUUACCACUGUCUCCCCUGUGUUUUGCAAACCAGUCUGUCCAACAACAAGUGUGUCAGAUGAGGUCACACCACCUAGGGAAGCUAAUUUUGACGUCCGGCCACAGUGUGCUGAGGUCACCUCUGGCAUCGUCAGCGCUCAUCCUGAAGUCACACUGUCUCCCUCCAUCCUUGACCCCCCUGUUCAGAAUCCUGACAUGCAACCAAGGGGAACCAGGUGUGACUCCCAAGGCCAGGAGGUCAGAAUGAAGCAGGAAAUCCCCUCUGACCUUUCAACCCAACACUCAGAGGUUAAGUUCAGGGAGGCACCCUCAGUGACCUCUCACAAUCCCUCACACCACUCUGAGGUCAAGCACAAAGCUCCAACCCCAAACAGUCCUUCCAGGAAAACACAUCACAGAGCGGCCACAGAGCCUCUGUUCUCUGAGACCAUCCUGCCUGCAAAUACCCAGCUAGCUCACAGUGUGGCUGGGUCCAGCCCUAAGAGGGAGAGGCCUCACACAGCCAAGGCCACUGCCUCACCCCAGCAGCCCUCUGCUGAGACAAAAUCAAAACUGAUGACUCAGCCGGGACACCAGACACAGCCAAGGCAUCCAUCUGUUACCUCAUCCCAGUCAGAUACCCCGAGACCUGGACCUCGUGUGAUGAAUGACCAUCCUUGGAAGCCCCUUACUCUGGCUGCCUAUCCACGGCCCGAGGGGUCCCGGUCCAACUAUGGGGCAGUGGAAAGGAUUCUGAAGAGUUAUGAAAGUGCAGCUUGGGCUCAAGAGAACCAAAACCAACAGAAUGAGAUGCCUUCAAGUCCCAGUCGCAGUCCCAAGCAGGAGGAGAGGGUGAUAGAACUGUUGGACAUGCUGGACAUGGACCCUCUGCCCUUACCUCCUGCCCCUAGACACACACACUCCUCACAUGCCUCACACACACAGCCCACACAUGCACAACUCAGCAGCCGCAGUGCCAUGGGUGUGAAAGAGUUGCGGCUCACGGUGCAGGGGCGAGAAGACUACAGAUGGCACAAGAAAGCAAAGAGUCUUCCAACACCAUUUCCACCAAGAAGAAGAACUUCUCAAGACCUGCCCGACCUGCCAACCGCCGCCUCCCUUCCCGUUGGGCCAGCCGCUCCCCCUCCUCAUCUUCCUCCACCUCCUCCUCUCCGUCCACCACCCCCGUUGUUCCACCAUCCAUCUCCUACCAGAAACACACUUCAUCCUUUACCUACUCACAUGCCUUUCACAUGGAGACAGUCAUCAUUUGAUCCCCAUCCGGUCCCUUUGCCCGAACCAACAAGGUGAACUUCCUCAUUCUCUCCAUCUCACCUUUGUACAUACCAAAUCCUGAUUGCUUCUUCACCGCUAUCGACUCGGAAGUGCUUUAGCUGUGAGUUCACCAAUCAUUUGAAGAAUGUACGCGGCAUCCAGAGGAGCCUAGCAGACCUGGGCAUGAAAACGAAGACCUGAAAGUGUUUCAAAUGCUCGGAGGUGUGCAAAGAUGAACUUGCCAGGCACCUUGUGUAGCCUCAGAGGACUGUGAAAACAUCUCUUUCCAGGACAAAUUACAUCAAAUGCACCUCAAGUUCAUGCCAACCAUCUGAUAUCCUUUGCUCAGGUCUGGAUCCUAGCCUUGCCUAGUGUAGCCUUGCAGAUCUUACAACCCCUCAAUGUUGUCCUUUGUUCUGUACUGUAUGUUUACACUAUAAAAGUGAUGCUAGCUCUGAUUAAAAAAGGUCUACAGUUUUUCAUCCAAUUUAAUCUGUUCAGACAAGUCCAGAGUGAUGGUGUAUUUUGUGUGCAACAUAUUUCUCUGCUCCUGGCACAGAAUAUGUUGCAUACACAAUAUUCAGCAUCAUGUUGCAUUCAAAGUAAAGGCAUUUUUUGGAGUAAAGCUUUCCCUAGCAUCACUUUUGUCAGUGUGAUGUAUAAAACAGUGUUGGUUUUCUGCCUUCUCGAGUAUGGCUUACAUGCCUGGACUGUACCUUGCCUGUGACUUAAAUCAUUUUGCUUUACAUUCAUGUGUGGCUUUACAUUUUACAUAAUUGCAGAAAUGCAGAAACAACCAACAAAACAUAAAAUAAAAUGUAAGGUCGCUUUUUUCUAACUUUGUACCAAAGGCUGGUUUCUUUAUAUAGAGUUCCUUAAUUUGAAGAUUAAAUACAUUAUUUUUAUGGCUUUUAUUUUUGCUCUUCACCCAUUACUGAUGUUUUCCAGUCAAAAUGUGUCUCAAGAUGGAGUCUCAUUUAUAAGAGCCUGCUUUUGUGCAUAACUGAAAUUAAUGAUGCUUACAAAAAAAAAAAAAAAAAAAAGGACAAAACUCUUUUUCUACUUUUACUAACUCUGAAUGGUCACAUAGCAGGACAUUACUCAGUUGAGUAGUACAGUCUAUUGGGUCAAAGUGGUAAAAUCAUAUCAUGAUGAAAGUGAUGCCUUUGCUGUUCAUUUUGUGUAAUAAAUAUAACAAGGAC